CAUGACAACUGCUGGGGGAAGUCGCUCAGAAGAAGACAACGCAGCUUCCACGACAACGAGAGCACGACAUGGAGUGCAACCUAUUCCUCUAAUGAGAUGCGCGAUCCUCCUCACCAUCAUUAAUCAGACCAUCAUCAUUAUUAUUGUGGCGGACGAAAGUCAGCAACAGAGAAAAUGCCUACCAGCUUUCGUCCUGUCGACAAAGCUCCCAGUACCACUGGCAGCCUGCGAACCGAGCCAUUGCUGACCCCGCCACUGUCGCACAAUAGCUCCGAAGACAUUCCGUUCAGGGCGGACGAUGCUGAUCGCAUCAGCUUGAACAUGAAAAAGAGAAAGGGACACCGACAUGGCUGGCAUCACUCCUAUCCUCGACGUGCACCUACUAUGCCCACAGAAGGCAGCUUCAAACGAUGCCGCCACGAUUGCAAAGAUCAACACGUCCAUACGUCAACUGCAUCGCGGCUGCGAAGCACACGUUCUUUGCCCACAAUGAAGUCCCGAACAGCGUCUGCAAGAUGGCAAAGCCCUGACCGCGCCGUGCAAUGCACAAGAAGAUGGUCAGUAGCCUCCAAAGCUCCGUCUACCAGGGGCCUCGCGACGGUUACUCCGGUAGUAGAAACUGCCAACAGACGCCGCAAGAACAGAACAAGUGAUAUUCAAAGCCCAGCCAUGAUCACUCUUCGUCGCGCCACGAUAUACAGGUCACCGGAACAAACGUCACUCACCUCGUUUCCAACUCCCACAUUCAGCAAGAGAGAGCACGGCUUUCUGUCGUCAUUCCUGAAUUCGAUCACAGGUCAAGAAGACUACCGGACACAAGCCAAUCUGACCCUGCAACAUCCCGGCUAUCAAAGCCGGGCUCUACGUUCGCCAUCUUUGUACAGUAACGAAGCUUGGCCAUCGACCAGCUCAAUCGCCCCUCCUAUGGUUACGGAGAUCACAUCAAUUGAACCACAAUUGACCAUGUCACAGCCAACCCAGGUUAUCAAUAGUGUGCGCCGGUGCUCAACGAAAUACAUCUCGGACGAUGGUAUGCACGAGAUCAUCUGGGACGAGAACUCAACCUCUGCAAGCCCAGCAAGCGUCAUAGCCGAGACCGUAGGAGAAGCGCAAAUGGGCGAACAACACUCGAACGAUACGGGGGCAUUGCAACGACGACUCUCAGAGGUUCUCACCCAAUCUCGAAGAGGUUCGUCAUCUGUGCAGCUGGACAGAAGGACAAGCUACUGGCCAGGUAGCGAGAAUCUCUCUCAAGCUCUUCUCCCACUUAUCAACAACAGCCCGAAGCUGGCCAAGAUGGCACGAGAAGCGGCAUUCCGAAGCUUGCCUCGUUCCAAAGCCUCCAGGCAAGCAGAGUCAGUCAAUGCUCCAGUCACGCCACUGUUCCUUGAUCGGCAACAUCUCCUGGUUGCAGAAGAAGCAGCAGCAGCCGAUGGCGACAUCCAAUACUUCCCUCCACUCGCAGGAGUGGAGAACCCGCAUACGCGGAGUGCAUCGAUAAUAUCAGACAAUGAAGCAGGCAGUCCACUCUCAGGUUCGCCGGGCGAGGGCGAAGUGUCCGUGGAACCCAGGCCAAGGAGCCGCCUGGGCAGCAUGGUUGGAAUCAGCAGACACCAAAAGCGGUUGAGCUUUCCUGCUGAUACUGUAUCGACCAACAAAGUCGAGAGUCGAAGCAUUGCCCAGGCAGGCAAGAGCAGGGCAUCUCGGAAAAUGUCUGGAGAUGACAAACUGCCAUUGCUGGAAAGUCGCUGACGCGCUGAGUGGGAAGCUCAUUUUGAUUACCGCGGCUAGAAAUGACCUGAUAGCACUGCUGACAACCUGCGUAUCAGUACAUAGUACCCAUUCUGUAUAAAUACGACGACUGCGCGUUCGCCCAUAGGUCAAUAGCUGUGGCUGUGAGUAGAGAGGUCCGCUCUGCCAAACUCGUCAUUAUUCUUGUAUAGAUUU